AUGCCCAUGCCCACAACCGAGCUGGGCGGCAUCCGUCCUUCCCAGGCCGAAAGAAAACGCCGACGUCCGGCCCUGGCCUGCGAGCAAUGCCGUAUGCGAAAGGUCAGGUGCGAUAGAACCAUGCCAUGUGCGACCUGUACUCGGUCACGGUCGACUGUCUGCACAUACGCACCCCAGCCGCUGACAGCAAAACGACCAGUGGUGCCGAGACAAGUCGCGCCGGCCACAACCAAUCCCGCCUCCACUGCUUCCGACCACGUUGUGUCAGAUGUUGUUCGGCCCUCCCACGUCUCAGCCUCAGGCUCUAUCCCCCCUCACACAGAUCCCGACUGGUUUACCUCCUACCCCUCAAACAGGCCGGACCAUGAACCGAUCUUGACCCCGGAGAGCCUCCCUAGCACGUCCCCCACGGUCACUGCUCUCCUCGACCGGGUCAAACAGCUGGAACAGCAGCUCAACGUGGCACUCCAGAAGAACGAUGCGUCGCGAGACUGCGCUGCCAUGUGCAGGGACGAGCCACGCGAAGACGAUCACACUCAUCGUGGUCUUGUCAACAAAACGCGUUUAUUUGGCCCCAGCCAUUGGGCCAACGGGGUGACGAUGGUGGAAGGAAUUUUCAAGUUCCUUCAUGGUGUCGAGGCCGAUAAGACAUCAAAGAUGUACCAAGACAUGGAGAGGUGCAAGAGCCUCGGCAGGCUUAUCAAAGGCCAGCGUGUACCAGCUCUGACGAGCAUCGUCAUCGGGAAGAGUAUACCCCAAAAAGACCUGGCGGACCAACUUGUCGACGCAUACUUGCGAACGUUCGAAUCAGUGUACAGAGUCGUCCACAUACCAUCCUUCAAAGCCGAGUAUGAACGAUACUGGGUCGAUCCUUCAGCCGCCAACGAAUCUUUCGUGGUACUUCUACAGCUCUGCAUGGCCAUAGGUGCCGCUUUCCAGGACGACACGUUCUCCUUGCGAACCAUAGCCACUCAAUGGAUCUAUGAAGCUCAAGUCUGGCUCAUGCUGCCAUGCGAGAAGUCAAAGAUGUCCAUCGUCGGUCUGCAAAUACUUUGCCUACUACACCUUGCCAAGAACACCACCAAUGUCGGCUCAGAUCUCACAUGGAUCAGCGCUGGCGCGCUGCUACGCACAGCAAUGUACAUGGGACUGCAUGAAGACCCUAAGUGCAUCGCCAAGAUGUCGGCAUUCCGUGCCGAGAUGCGCCGCCGUCUCUGGGCCACUAUCCUGGAGAUCCUCCUGGCGUCCAGCAUCAGCUCAGGCGGACCGCCCCUCAUUUCUCCCAUGGAUUACGAUACGGAACCACCGGCCAACGUGGACGAUGAACAGCUCAUUGAGGACGCCGAGUCAGCCUUUCCGGUACCCAAGCCGUCCGAGGUCUAUACGCACAUGUCGGUGCCGCGGGCCAUGCUCGAGACCUUUCAGGUCCGUCUUGUCGUGGCCAAGCACAUUAACGAUAUCCGCGCCAACGCCUCGUACAACGAAACGCUGCGCGUCAAUGCCGACUUGACGGCCUCUCUCCAGGGUAUGAUGCGUCAGCUCAAGAAGCUUCACGAGGGCGGCGAGUUAAGCUCUUUCCAGCUGCGCUACGUCGAGUACACUACGUGGCGCUUCUUCAUCGUCCUACACCGCCCAGCCCUCGCUCGGGCGCUGCGGAAUCCCGUCUACUACUUCUCUCGCAAGGUAUGUGUCGACACGUGCCUCCUCCUCGCCAACAGCAUGUUCGUUUCGCCCAAGUCUCUCGCACGCCUAUCCUCGCCAGCCACCGGACGCUCGGACAUGGACGUACAGCGCCUCUUCGUCAACUGCGCGGGCAGCUACCGCUCAACAAUGGUGCAGGGGGGAAUGAUCCUCGGCAUGGAGUACCUACUGGUCCUCCGAGAAAAUAGCGGCUUCCACGCCACUGGCGCGGUAGGCGGAGGCACCGCCGAGCUGCGCGAGACGAUCGAUGCCGUGAAGCCUUGGUGCGCCAAGCGCGUGCGCGCAGGAGACACUAAUAUGAAGAGUUAUCUCGCGUUCGUGUGGCUAUCCGCUCAGAUUGAUUGCUUUGAAAGAGGCCUUUCAUCCGGAGAGACGGACGCGUUCACGAUCGAGGCAGUCGAGACAGAAAUCAGCAAGUGUCACGACUGGCUGAAGACGCUGGCUGGGUGUGAGGAGACGCCUGUAGCGGGCGAGAUAGCGUUUGACAUGGCGCAGGACAUUGAUUUUGACGAUCUGGGGGGUUUCGACAAGAUGAGCGAUUGGGACUGGGGCGAUCUGUCCGCAAGUCAAGGUUUCAACUCGAGCUUUGAUGUUAAUGGCGCGUUCGGCGACGACAAUAUCCCCUAA